GUUUUGAGCAGUGUAGAGUCAAGUUUGUUGUCUGUCAAUUCCCGAUAACAAAUGCACACAUGGUUUUCUAUAUACGCAGUGUAAAAAGACAAAAUAACUCAUUAUAAUCAGUAAUUAUGUCCCCACUGGAUGCAAUGAAUGCCUAUUUGGCUAUUUGAGGUCAAAUGCUUCACACAGUGGCAGUAAUGAUCAUGGAAGCUGUCCAAACAUUAGCACAAUCAAAGUGAAUGAACUGAUAUUGUGACUACAGCCGAACACUAUUGAUCAAGCGGAGGAGCAGGAUGAGUCUGAUGGCCAGAACUUAAAAGCCUGAACAUACAGAUUUAAAAUUUGGUUUUAUAUGCAAAAUGUGAAAGCUCGGUAAUGACAAUGUAAAAGCAUGCACCUGCACGUUCCUGUACAGCGCUUUGGAUGAACCACACCUUCUGUGAGUGCAACCUGAAACCAGAGAUGCUGAGAUAGCUGUGAAGGGCCGGUCUUCUGUCCUCCUCCCUUUUCCUCUUCACUCACAUGAACCCAGCAGGGACGAGGUGUCAGGGCAUUAACAUACAAUGCUAUUGUCCUUUUAUUUAAUUUUUUUUCGAGCAGCCAUAUACUUAUAGACUCACAAGGUUAAUGAGAUGAAAGACCUUGUGGCUCUUCUGCUGGACGCACUACUGUUUUUCUCUUUUCCCAGGAAAAGUUUACCUCUGAGAGUCGGAGAAUCGUCCUGUGAGCUGCAAGUCAUCUGAAUUACAGAGCACAGUGGACUGUUGCCUUUUUGUGCUUUUAUUUCUGAAUUUGAAGAAAACUGCUUUUCAACUAAGGCGUCCAGCUGCAUCUAUUCUGCCAUGAACAGAUGCUGUAAAUCUGCUGCCUGGAUCCUCACCUGCCUGCUGGCGUCGUUCUUACUGAUCACAUUCACCUGCUUCCUUCCAACCGAAGACAUCAAACUCCAGCAAAGAUCAGUUUCCACCACCAACACAAAUGCCCCAGUGACAACACAGUCUCAAGUGCGGCUGGUGAACGGCAGGAACCCGUGCGAGGGCCGUGUGGAGGUGCUCUUUAACAGCACGUGGGGGACGGUGUGCGAUGACGACUGGGACAUGGUGGACUCCAAUGUGGUGUGUCGGCUUCUGGACUGCGGUGUGGCCGUGGCUGUGGGAACCAGCUCCAGGUUCGGCCAGGGAUCCGGUCCCAUCCUGCUGGACAACGUGGACUGUAAAGGAGGAGAGAUGGACCUCAGUCAGUGCAGGAAUCAGGGAUGGGGUGUCCAUAACUGCUACCACUAUGAAGACGUGGCCGUCACCUGUAAAGGCAAUAAUGCCAUCGAACCCCGAGGCCUGGAGCCCACCACACCGUCCCGUCUGAUCUCUACUUUAAGAGACGGGGCGGUGCGUCUGGCGGGGUCCGGGGACCGCUGUCAGGGCCGGGUGGAGAUCUACUAUCAGGGCAGCUGGGGGACGGUGUGUGAUGACGAUUGGAGCAUGGUGGACGCUUCAGUCGUGUGUCAACAAGUCGGCUGCGGACAAGCUGUCGGCGCACCUUCAAAUUCCUACUUCGGCUACGGCACGGGACGGAUUUUGCUGGACAAUGUGAAUUGUAACGGGCAGGAGGGAAGCCUGGCCACCUGUAACAGCCUCGGCUGGGGAGUACACAACUGUGGUCAUCAUGAGGACGCCGGGGUCAUCUGCUCAGGUGUCAGUUCCACCAUGGUCCCGAUUAUCAACACCGAGACAAGAGGCAGAGAGUUCAUCCUUCCUGAAAGCACAGCAGGGACAGAAACAGCAGUGGCAGUAAGCCUUGUAACCGCAACUGAGACGGUCUCUACAGCCUCAACAAUGAAAGAGAAGCCGAGCAUCCGUUUGGUGAAUGGCCUCAACAGCUGUCAGGGCCGAGUGGAAAUCCUCUACUUCACCGUCUGGGGAACGGUCUGUGAUGAUGACUGGGAUAUGGACAACGCUCAGGUGGUCUGCAGACAGAUGGGAUGCGGGACGGCUAUCGCAGCCAAACCUCUGGCUCACUUCGGCUACGGCUCCGGUCCCAUACUGCUGGAUAACGUGGACUGCAGUGGCAGCGAGCAGAAGCUGUCCGACUGCUUCAAUCUGGGCUGGGGACAGCAUAACUGCGGCCAUUACGAAGACGCUGGAGUCAUCUGUGAGCCACUUACAGAGUAUAUGGUAGUCGGAAAAGACUUUGGCAUAUGGAUGACAGAGAAACCUACAAGAGCAACUACAACCACAUCACCAGCGGAGGGUACCAUCAGACUCGUAGGGGGCCUGAAUCACUGUGAGGGCCGUGUGGAGAUAUUCCUGAGAGGAGAAUGGGGAACCGUGUGUGAUGACGCUUGGGAUAUUGUGGAUGCGAAGGUGGUGUGCAGGCAGAUGGGCUGUGGGCUGCCUCGAGCCGCCCAGGUGAUGGCCUACUUCGGUCCCGGCCAUGGCACAAUCCAGAUGGACAAUCUGAAGUGCACAGGCAGAGAAGCUGCUCUCACUCAGUGCUCUCACAUAGCAUGGAACAUCCACAACUGUGACCAUUCAGAGGAUGCCAGCGUCACGUGUGAACUCUGACUCCGCCCACCACAGGCCACACCCACUGUAAGCCACGCCCACCACCCCGCCCAGUGAACACAGUGGGAGAGGAAGAGGUUUCCAGGACUUGUAUGCAUUUUGUACAUAACGCCUCACGCCAACCCUGAUGAAGAAAUGUUCAAGAUUAAAUAAUUACUAAUAAAUUAUCCUAAUAUUGUUAUAUAAAUAACUGUAAUAAAU